CCUGUAUAAAUAGCCGAACCUGCUUGCUUUGCAGCGAAGACAGCUGGAAGCCUGCAACUCACUCACGCAUCUGGGACGGUGCUGGGUCUGCACACACAGAGCAAGGUGCCUGCCCAGCUGAAGCCAUGAGGAUCCACAACCUCACCUUGCUCUCCCUCCUCCUCCUGGCCACUCAGAUGCUCACGCAAAAGGUCAAAAAUGGAGCAAAGCACAGGCAGAGCAGCAUAACAGAUGGGGACUCAUUGGUUCCCCUGGACAAGGCCCAGGGUAAGCAGCAAAGCAGAGCCUCCAAGUCCACGACCAGCGGCAAGUUUGUCAGCAGAGACCAAGGAGCCAGCUGCACAUGGGCCGUGAUGGAGCAGCAGCUGGAAACUGCCCUGAGGGUUGAGUGCACUCAAGCACAGCACAAGUUUUCCUGUGUCUUUGCUGGCAACCCAACCGAGUGCGUGCAGCGCCACAGCAAGAAGGUCUACUGGAAACAGAUGGCCCGGACGCUGCGCAAACAGAAGAACAUCUGCGGGGACUCAAAGAAUGUCCUGAAGGCCAAAGUGUGCAAAAAGAACUUUCCAGAAUCGAAUCUCAAAUUGGUAAGCUCCACUGUGCUUGAGAACAUGAAGCCCAGGGAAAUGGAACCAAAGCUCUCCCCUAUGGAGCAUCCCAGCAUCAAGGGGACUCCCUCCAAGGAUCCACACAAGGCCAAAGAAGACAUCUCCUCUACCCCAGCAGUGACCAGGACAGUGAGCCCCGGAGAGCCCAAGUGUUUGGAUGACCCAGACGUGGAAAUGCAGAGAAAGAUCGCACUGGACUUCUGUGGGGAGUCCUGGACCUCCCUCUGCACCUUCCUCUUCAACAUGUUUCAGGGACCUUCCUGCUAGGCAGGCCAGAGAACCAACGGUGCCACUAAGUGACACAAUGUCCUUUGCCCCUCUGUCUGAUGAAAGGCUCUGCAGGUUCCCACGAGAAGGGGCUUUGUGCAUGGGUACAGAGUUCAAUAUUUAAACAGAUUUUAUAAUUUUGUGUUUGUUUUAGAAUUGCUUUGGAUUCACCUCCUUAGGUGUGAUUUUUCAGAGACUGUCAGCUCAGUGUGUGUUUUCAUGGCUCACAAUGCUAUGGGCUCAGAGGUGGGGAGACCUGUCCUCCAGCUGAAAAGCCAGCUUGGUGAUGUUGGUAUAAGGCAAUUUCUGUUGAAUUAACAAGGAUAAUAAAGCUCGGGGCAUUCUCUGAAA